AACGGCCAUAGAGAGCGAUAGUCGAAUAGUCCAAACUUUUUCAUAUUGAAAACUUCAUUAAGACCUUUAAGUACAUGAUGCGUCAUUUUGAUAUGAAAUUUUGUAACAUGUAAUACAUUGAAUCGGUAGGAUAAUAGCUUAGUGGGAAAUAACUAUCCCGAAGUGUCAACUGCUCUCAUCAAAUUGGUGACGUUACUAUUUUCAACAAAGCACAGUGUCUUUUUAGUUGCCGAAUAUUUUUAGCUAAUCUUGUGAAAGGGACUAUUAUCCAUGUUUUAGCACAAAAUUUUAUUCGCGCUUGUGUUUGUCCACUAAUUUUAUGUCUGGUUCAUGUUGGAUACUGUGCAUAGACGCAAACUUAAACAACUCGAAAUAAUUUAUAGCCGUCUCCUCAAAGCUAUAAAAGAAAAAGAAUAAAAAGGAGAGGUAAUAUGCAAUUCCACUUGUCAAAUCCUUUGUAAAGUUUUCAAAGCUUUCUUAACAUCCUACGUUUAAAAGCAUUUUGGAACAUCAUGAACAAAUUCCCUAUUUCACUGGUUUAACUAACGUAAAAUAGCCACACGACUACAAGAAGAAAGACAAAAAAGAAUUCAACAACUAGCCAUUGAAAUUUCAUGCUAAAUAAUCAAGUGAAUAGCCUGAAGUUGUGUUAUCUGCCGUCUCAUGAAUACUUUGGGGAAGCAAAGUUUAGGCAUCACUCCUGUAGAUCAUGAUGAAAAUGGGCAAGAGAGGAAGUACUAAUUACCAUUAUUUUCACUGUAAUCAUCUUCAUCAGUUACGGAGUUGAAGUGAAUAUAGAUCAUAUUGUAGUUCAAAGAGUAAAUGGCCAUGGAUGAUGAAGUACCAGGAGCUGUGGGGACAAGUGCUAGUUUUGCUUUGAGAUUGGGGCAGACCAUCUUCUCUGCUGCUUCUCUUUUGUUCAUGUCUUUAGGAGUUGAAUUCCACAGUUAUACUGCCUUUUGCUUCCUAGUAACAAUCAUGGGUUUGGUCAUCCCCUGGAGCAUCACUUUGGCAUUGAUUGACCUAUACUCUGUUUUGAUCCAUUGCCCCAUUCGUCAGCCAGGGAUCCUUCUCUUCAUUGUUUUAGGAGAUUGGGCGUUGUCAUUCCUGACACUAGCAGCAGCAAGCUCAAUUGCUGGAAUAGUGGAUGUUUUGCACAGGGCAGAUCAAACAUUCUGUCCUGAUGGAUUAUGCAGUAGAUAUCAGAUAUCUGCUGGACUAGCCUUCUUGUCAUGGUUUCUCUCCAUGACCUCUUCUCUUUCAAAUCUUUGGUUGCUUCCUUCUCUCACAAGAUGAUCACUUUUCAACAAACAACUAACCAUCUUCAUGGUUUUAGUAAUUUGUAUGUAACUAGGAUUAUAUUUAUAUAAUACUUGGAGGAGAUAUUUAUUUUAUGGAGCAGUAGAAUAACAACCUAAAGUCUAGGCUUUUCCUCCUCUGGAUGGCGAAUCUUGAUUGACACGAGGAACCGGUACGGAGAAAGAAGAGCAUGGCAAGAGAUAGGUGAUGCAUAAAUUUUCUAAUAGCGAAUUAUUUGACUCGAUCGAUGUAGGGAGAGCCUUCAAACUCAAGCACAAAAUCAAAGUUGAAUCAGCAAUCAUUGAUAGCCAAUAUGUUGCAGAAUUUCACAGAUGAAAAGAGAAAAAUAUAUACUUAGAAGCAGGAAACAUGAAACAUGAGCAUUACUAAUUGAUUCGUGUUUUCAAAAA